GUUCUGGGUAGUCGCGAGCGCGAGUUCAGACCGGUAAGACGUAUCUGUUGUCGUCUCGUGUUCGUGAUACACGUCAAACGCGCGCCUCGGCGCGAAAACGAGGGUGUCGCUUUAACGUCGCUCGUGCUGAUAAAAGUGUUUUUACGGGAGUGUUAGUGUGACCAUCUUACUACGGUCGAGUACAGUGUUGACGAACUUGAUCGAUUUGUGAAGAAGAACUCUACGUUCAAGAGGGAAGUUGAACAGACGAAUUUCACCGAAACGUCACUUCUUCGCCGGUGAUGCUGCUCUUGCCAUACCUUCUUCGUCCAUAUCUGGUCGGCGAGAUUGCGCUCCGAUUAUGAUGUGAACCUGUGAAGGUGGAAUCCUCGAGAAGCGCGAGGUCCUCGCAAUGGAGGCGGGACCGAAGCAACAGCAACAACAGCAGCAGUCGCAACAGCAGCAACAACAACAACAACAGCAACAGCAGCAGCAGCAACAGCAAAAUUCGUCGGCUGCUGGCACGGGACAAACGUCGAGCCAGGCCACGAGUCCGCAAGGCGGCCAGGCUCAAGGCCAAGCUCAAGGUCAACAGAAUCAAGAUGCGGCUGCAGUCGCAGCUGCCACUGCGGAGGCCGGUCCGGUGGAGGAGGGAGUGCUUCUCGCCAGGGUGCACGUCCCGGAACUUUACGUCAGCAAGUGUCUUCAGUUCCCGAGGGAUCAGCUCGUCUGGGACGUGAAGCAGCAAUGCCUGGCAUCCUUGCCCAAGGUGGCCACUUGGUACAGGGAGCUGAAGGAAAGCUUCAAUUACGGCUUGUUCUGCCCGCCCGUGAAUGGAAAAGCCGGAAAAUUCUUGGACGAGGAACGUCGCCUCGGCGAUUAUCCCUUCAAUGGACCCGUCGGCUACUUGGAGCUCAAGUACAAAAGACGGGUAUACAAGAUGCUGCAUCUCGACGAGAAACAGCUGAAGGCGAUGCACACGAGAACGAACUUGCGAAGGUUACUGGAAUACGUGGCAAACAGCCAGGUCGAGAAGAUCGCCAAGAUGUGCAGCAAGGGUCUGGAUCCUAAUUUCCACUGCCAGGAAACCGGAGAAACUCCGUUGACCUUGGCCACGACCCUGAAGAAGCCUUCGAAGGUCAUAAUAGCGCUGGUGAACGGCGGCGCGCUGUUGGAUUAUCGAACGAAAGAGGGUCUGACGGCAAUGCAUCGCGCCGUCGAACGAAACAGCUUGGAGGCGGUGAAGACGCUGCUCGAGCUUGGCGCCAGCCCCAAUUACAAGGACACCAAAGGAUUGACGCCGCUCUAUUACAGCGUCAUAUACAAGACCGAUCCGAUGCUCUGCGAAACGCUGCUUCAUGACCACGCGACGAUCGGCGCCCAGGAUUUGCAGGGGUGGCAGGAAGUGCACCAGGCCUGCCGCAACAACCUGGUCCAACACCUGGAUCACUUGCUUUUUUACGGCGCCGACAUGAACGCGCGUAACGCAUCUGGUAAUACACCGUUGCACGUUUGCGCAGUGAACAACACGGACUCCUCUUGCAUACGCCAGUUGCUGUUCAGAGGCGCGCAGAAGGACAGUCUGAAUUACGCGAACCAGACGCCUUACCAGGUCGCCGUGAUCGCCGGGAAUAUGGAACUGGCCGAGGUCAUUAAGAACUAUCAGCCGGAGGAAGUUGUACCGUUUAAAGGGCCGCCACGCUACAACCCGAAACGACGGUCGGUGGCCUUCGGCGGCACGUCGACGAUGACCACGAGCUGCUCGGCCAGUAACUUGGGCACCCUGACCAGGAUACCUUCCGCGGAACAACAGCACGGAUCUGGUGGAAGUUUGACCGGUUCCGGAGGAGGUAGCCUCACCAGAACUAUCUCGGUGGAGCAGUACACGGCGAGCGUCAACGCGGUCACGAGAGUACCGUCCGCCGAGCAAUACGCGACCGGCAACCUGACCAGAGUACCGUCCACGGAACAACAGUAUCCAUCCACCGGCACCCUGAACAGAGUACCGUCCUCGGAACAAUAUGCCAGCCCUAUCGCGACCGCGACCGGUACCACCACCGUAACCAGGGUGUCUUCCGGAGAGCAAUACUCCGCGACCGCCGGUACGCUCACCAGAGUACCGUCCACAGAGCAAUAUCCAACCGGUACGCUCACCAGAGUACCGUCCGCCGAGCAGUACGCGAACAGUAUCGCGAGGACGGCGGACACCCAUCACGCCGCCCUCGCCAGAGUACCGUCCAUCGAAGCAACCAGAAACGAGCUACAGAGAAUACCGUCCGAACAGCACGUUGCCGCUAGAUCCGCCGAGCAGAACGGUCAUCGGAUUACCUCGGACUACCAGAGCCCCAAUUCGCUGAGGGAUCCUAACGCGAGAUUACCAGCCACCGCGGAGAACUAUCAGAACGUAAGAAUGGAGGGACUGACGAGGCUGCAAGAACACCGGCUCGAGCUUCAACACCGUCUUGACAUGCACAGAACGAUGGAGAUGCCGCCGUCGCCGUCACCGAGCAGCAGGAGUCUAGCUCCUUUCAGCUCGGCUAGCUCGAGCCUCUCCGAAGGCAGCAAUCAACCGUCCGGCGAAGAUUCCGCCAGCAUCGUCACAGACAAGAGUCUCGGCGAUACAGCCUCCGACGUGAUUAGCGACAGUUCCGGGGUCGGAACCUCGCAGUCGGACACUACCAAUUCCCUCUCGAUCCCAGGUACAACGGUCGUUUGCGUCGAGAGCUACAACAGCGGAAUUCUAGGCCAUCUGAAUAUCAAUCAGGGAGAUAUCUUGGAAGUCACCGGAGCGACCGACUGUGGUCUUCUCGAAGGAGUGCUUCGGGGACAGGGUACGGGUCUGUUUCCGGCGCACUGCGUACAGGAAGUCAGGCUCCGUCACACGAACAUUCCACUGGGUCCUCAGCCUGCCAGGGAUGGCCGGAACAGAGUAUUGGGCCGUAGAGAAUCUCAACAUAAGUAUUUCGCUACUGCUCCUAGACUGAAGAAACCAGUUACGUCUGAACCUCGUACCGUGGUACUGCAUCGCUCGAGAAAAGGUUUCGGCUUCGUGUUACGGGGCGCCAAGGCAACCUCGCCUCUGAUGGAACUGACGCCGUCGGCCAGGUAUCCCGCCUUGCAGUACUUGGACGACGUCGAUCAAGGAGGAGUGGCCGACCUAGCUGGCCUCCGAAAAGGAGACUACCUUAUCCAAAUCAACGGCGAAGAUGUGACAACGGCGUCGCACGAACACGUAGUCGACCUGAUCCGAAAAUCCGGGGAACUGGUCAGAAUGACGGUGGUUUCCCCGAUGAUCAGCCUUCCGAAUUCGCAAUCGGCAGCUCUUCUGCCAACUAGUCAACCUAUUCAGAGACAGUACGCAACCCUUCCGCGUAAAGGUAACAACAACGUGGUGAUUGGCGGUACGCUUGGCAGAUCACCGGCUCCCAUGCCACCCCGAAGAGACCCGAAAACCACUCUGAGCGUUGGUCGCGCUCGAGCAAGAUCGAUGGUCGCGGGAUUAGAAGGUGGUGGCGAGAGAGACGAUCGCGACGAGAUAACAUCGACGGGAGCCAAAUCGAGUAGCGCGGAAUCGAUCCAUCUUCCUCAGCAACCAUCGACCGGACCCAAUACCGGACAGAACACACCGGUACAGCCGCGAACGGCCAGUAUUCGAUCGAGACCUACCUCCAGUAGGAUCACUGCCGCGGAACUGGAGGAACUAUUUCAGCGGCAGCAAGGUAGUACCAGUGGUCAGUACAGCUCGUCCAUGAUGAGCUCUCACUUUCAAACUGGUCAAGCUACCAAGUCGCAUCCUUCCUCACCUGCUAAGACUGGCAGGGUAUACGCGAGCGUAGCGGAAAUGAAACGCAAAGGCAAACUGAACUCAAGAGUGCGAUUCUUCGGUGGAUUGGGCGGUGGUUCCGAUCUUCACCGAGAUUUUCACAGUACACCGGACUUGAACGUGCAGGUGCAGUCGUCUAUUUUGGCUCCGAAAGGGCAUAGAAGCCAGGAAGACGUAAACGCGUUGAAUGGCAGAAACGGGCUUCCACCACCGAACCAUCCGCCACCUCCACCACCGGUCGGUCAAGUCGUCAAAGUGAACGUGGGCGCGAACGUGCCGGACGUAGUCACGCCGGCUUCUGUGUACGAUAAUAUGGCUCAUAUACAGCAAGUCAAAGAACUGGCAGCCGCGACAGCAGACGGAGGUUAUGGCGUGAUGUCGAGCUUCCGACCAUCGAAUAGCGCCAAGUUAUACGCCUCGCCGGAAGAUAUGAAGACGGUGGGAUAUCGUUCUCGCAGCCUACCGACUCAUACGACCCGUUGUCACGUGAGGAAGUCGCACAGUCUGCGCACCACCAACAACACGACCUUCAAGCCGUUAAACAACCAACAAAACGUGAACAACACGGUCAGCAACAACAACCAGGUGAACAACAAUCAGUCAGCCAACAACCAGUACGCGCAACCUCUGAAGACCAACAGAAGUCACAGUACGGCUGGUGUCAGGGAAAGAAAGAAGAAGGCCAUCGGUACCAGUUCCUCGAUCACGAAUCUCUCGUCAGUGGCGAACAACAACGCUGGAAAUACGGUGACUAACGCAGCUCCGCCGAUCCCAGAACCGGAUUACAGCCUGUCGGAAUCGGACAACGACGAGGGAGAGGAAGAGACGGACGACGAUGGAGAAUCAGAGAUCGCGAAGGAACUCGAGAAAGCGGCUGCAAGGGAGAAAUUGGAAUCCACUCGAGAGACAUCGGGCAACUCGAACACCUCGGGUUCGAGUUCAUCCGGUAGCAGUUCGUUGCCGCAUUCGUUUAGCGUUGAAGAAAUUCAGAAGGUCAGAACGCAAUUGAAGUCUUCGAAGAGUCACCCGAACGACUUUUUGUUGCAACAAACUCAGCAAUCCCUGGUCGAGGAUGGCGAUAACAGCUCAAGUGGUGUGAGUUCCGACCAAGACGUGCCAGUGGGUCCACCAACGGGUUUCGAUGAUACGACCGCUAGGAAUCUUGCCAACGAAGCCGCGCAACAUCCGACCACGGUACUCUCCGUCACCAGUGUAGAAAAGGAGACGAAUCCGAAAAGAACGAGCUACGGUGGUAGCGGAUUACUGACGCGACACGCGGUUAGCCUAGCCCAGUUGCCGCCACCGAUCGAGGCGGAUGUCGAGGAACAAAGCAACGAUCUGUUCGUCCCACCGCCGCCUGAAUUCAACGCUGGACCUUCCGCGGGCAGCGGCGACGAACUGGUAUUCGCUCCUCCGCCUCAAUUCUGCGACAACAAGCAACAACCGCAACAACAACAGCAACAGAAUCGCGUGAAGAUCAUCGGAGCGAUACCGAAGGUUACCAACAAUCAAGUAAAAGCUUCCGGUGGGCGGUUGCAUAACCAGUGAGAAAGAAUCGUUGCGAAGGAUCGCCGAUGAACGGACGGUUCAAGUCGCGUGAUCGCGCUUCACGAUUUACCAGAGUCAAUUUAAUCUUUCCCUAUUAACCUUUCUCCUCCCGAGGUAAUUAUGUACGCACACAGCGUUGCGCGUGAUAUAUCACCCAAAUAUCAUCACCUGUUUCGUCACUGGACCGACGAUCGAACGCAAACUCGUUCGACCGUUGGGAAAAACAUGCGAUGCGAUUGGCUGCAAUAAAAUUUUUCAUCGAUAACGUUCCCCGCGCCGGAGGAGUUUUGUAAGGAACGAACGCGCGCGUCUUCUCUAUCGCUGAAGUAUCCGUACUUGAAUAGAGCGCCGUUUAGGUCGCUCCGUCGAAAGGGUCUGUAGUAGCGAACAAGGUAUUCAGUGAAUUUUUACCGUAAAACCUAGAAUAUGUAUGAAUCGUACGAACCGCAGAUACAUUAGACUUAAAAAAAAAAAAAAAAAAAACGUGCGCGCGAUGCUUUCUACACACAAAGCAGUGUGACGCAACGUUCGUGAAUGUCAAAAUUCCAUAGCCGUCUCGUGGAAUGGCCUAAAGAGGUGAACGAGAAAAAAAGAAAGGAAGGAUCUAUAAAUCGUACUGUAACUCGUAAUUAGAGAGAAGAGAGAAAUGAGCGAGCAAGAGAAAAAGAAAAGAAUAAAGAAAGAAUAAUUCUAUACGAUGCACGCUCGUGUGUGUGUGUGUAUUAUGUAUGUGUGCGUGUAAGAAACGUAGAGAACGAAUGCGUAGCGUAUAUCGGUUUGUUUUUCAUAUUUCUAUCGAAGUACGACGCGUGUUUAAUACUUUUACAUGUAACAACUUCUAUCUGUAAACGUCAUCAACUUCUCCCAUUCCACCGCGAAACAAGCAGAAAAGAACGAAGGCACUUUCGAGGAAGAACGCAUCGAAGUGUAAAAUCGUGCUAAGACACGAAUCGGUGCUGCUAAUCGUAAUUCGUUUGAUAUCUUUUUAGUAUCGGAGGCAAUGUGGCGCGAAUUCGAUGCGGAAAAGAAAGAAUCGAAGGUGCCGAAUCAAUGGAUUAGCUAAUAAAGCGCGCGCGCGGUUGAGUUCGAUUCCGUUUCUCUCGUGUUUAGACACUGCUCAAGAGCCUAAUUACAAAGUUCUACUCACAAAGUCAUUAGAGAUUGUUUCUAGUUUGUAAUAACGAGUAAUAGCGUUACGACGAGUAUGAAUUUAUCUCUAAGCUCGUAAUCGCGUUAAUAGAGGCGCACUGUACUACGUUAACGCACCAACAUUAUUCAGCUUGUAAGAUAGAUCGUAUUCCUUCCAUUUGAAUCAGGCUCCUGAGAGCCGCGAGGUGUUAGCAUAACUUUGACGAUCUUUCCCUCACCGAAAAUGAUGUUUGUUCGCCAAAAAGAAUACACACACGGUUAUCUCUUGUCCCUCAUCGAAGUGUUUCACGUCGAAGAUAAUCAAAAGUCGAUCCUUUUCUUGUAACGGAAUAACCCUCGUUGAUUUAUCCUUUGUAUAUAGUAUAUAAUUGAUCGGCAGUGAAGAAAUAAAGGAGAAAGAUCUCGCGACUCUCGGCGACACUGCUACAUACUGUAUAUAUAUACCGAACAACAUUGCUACGUAUUGAAUAUCUAUAACGAUGGAACGAUUAUUAUCAUCACUUUUAUGAUCACACCGCGAUAGAUUUAAGCGAUAUCCAUGAAAGCAACGUCCUUCCUAAUUAUUGUUUCUAUGCCUUUUCAAGUUAAAUCAUAUUCAUAUACAAAACAGUGAAGUAUGAUGUUAAGUCAAGUGCAUGCUUGUUGAAGCAUGAAUGAAACAGUUUUCGAGUCGAAGAAAAUCAUAUUAAAGAUAAGUAUUAAAUGUUCCUUAAAUAUUUUAUUGUUUGUUUCCGAUCGGUAAAAAAGAACGAAAGAUCACUGAUGCGUGUAUAUCGUUUCAAAAACUUGAUCGACUGGUUGAUUCGGGUCAGUAAAGCAAUAUUGUAUGCAUUACAACGGCUCGUAUAAUAAUAAACCGUUUCAAGAAUAGAA